UAAAACUAAUACUCGUACUCCGUAAAUCAUUAAAUCAUGUGUCUGCAGAAGUGAGUUCUUAACUACCGGAACCCAAAGUGAGGAGCCUCCACAUCACUGUGUCUGCAGAAGUGGAUAACGAAUUUCCCGCACUCGUCUCUCUCAAGCAAAUCCAUGGCGGCAGCUGCAGCAACUACUCAGCUAUGCCUCCCUCCUUCAUAUUCCCCGUCAACCCACAAAUUAAAAAAUUCCACCUUUUCCACUCUCCUUCGCAUUCACAAAUCUCACUCUCCAACUUGUACAAGAAGAGUUAUGGCCGCCGCCUCUGGGAAAUACACAGACUUACUGGGCGAUUUCGGAGGCAGAGACCCAUUUCCAGCUGAGAUUGAGAGCAAUUUCUGCGAGAAUGUCUUGGGAAACGCCGGCACCGAACACAAGAUACUCAUCCCAAACGCUUCUGCUCUCUCGCUUGCUCAACUAGACUGUGCUCCCAUUAAUCCCCAUCAACCUCCCAUGUCUGUGUUUGAAGCUCGCCAGAUGCUGCUCAAGGUUGUUGGGUGGAGGCUGAUAGAUGAAGAAGGGGGGCUCAGGCUGCAAUGUACAUGGAAAUUGAGAGACUCUGGCUGUAGUGUUGAACUCAUCAAUAGAAUACAAAAGGCAGUGGAAGGGACCGGUCAUUCCGCAUCUAACCUUCACUUAGAGCAGCCGGAGGAAGAGCCUAACCAAGUUAGAGCUCAUUUGUGGACUGCUUCCAUAGGAGGGUUGAGCCUGAAUGACUUCAUUCUAGCUGCCAAAAUAGAUAUGGUUAAAACAUCUGACCUUAUCCCCAGAAAGAGAGUUUGGGCGUAGUAUGAGUUGGUUCUGAAAAUAACCAAGUCAUAUGGGUAAACAAGAGGUUCGAGGAGGACGGAAACAUACUUGCAGAGUUGCAGAGGGCUGUUGCAAGUUCUGCAAAGAAAAGACGAAUUGCCUUUUGUAACCCGUAUAUGGAUACACCAUUUUCGGUACCACAGGUGGAAACAAUGGAAUGGGGGGGGAGGUUCAUGUAAACCCUUUCAUCCAAAUUCAAAAAUGCAUAUCCAUUGUUUGGUUGCUCCAAGUCCGCAACAUAACUACAUAAGUGUACCUACUAAGUACUAACUAAGCAAUUUUUACAAGUACAAGCACUUCAUUUAUAAUAAACUUUCAUAGUUUCAGUAAAGUUUAUUCCUAAUUGGAUAUUAUAGAAGAGACUUUUUU